AUGGUGUGAGAUUAUGAGUGUGUAAUUACUAGUGGUUGAAGUUUGUGGUGUUGGUUAAUGCUAUUGAUGUAAUCUAGUAGUUGUGUAACAUGCUCUCUGUUUCAGGAGGUGCCCUCCAAUUGCCUUCAUAGACUACAACCGUGUGUGACAGAAUACUGGAGCGAGUGAAAGGAAAAAAAGGGAGAGAGUUGUCUGUGGCUUCUUCUUUCUGCGUGGCUCCAUUUUAAAGGCUUCAUGGGAAAGGAGGUGUGGUUUCGGAGAUGGGAGGGGUUUUACCUGCACUGUCACAAAGACUGAAACAAACAGCUAAUUGAUCCAACGAGACUGAUCUCACCUGUGGAUGUGAACACUCUCUCAUACGAACAGAGCACUGAAUAGUGUAUACAACAUUUGAGAGCUUUUGUAUACAAGCUUUAAUUUUUUUAAAAGCUACAGGUGGGCUUGGAUUGUUACUGGGCAGCUUCAGAUUUUUUGGGUUUUGUCCCAACCGCUGCAGCCUCCCCAGAAUAUAGACCCCGGAACUCUCUCCUUUGCAAGCAUUCUGUCACACUUUUCUCUGUCACACGCAAUCACAUUGUCACACACACACUCUCUCUCACACUCAGUGCCUAGAUACACCUUGUACAAGACCAGAGUUCAGUGGUCACUGCUCUGCUAGACACCCCUGUUCUGUUGUUUUAUAGGCAGUUCUGCUACUACCUCCUAAUUUCUGGCCCGCCUUGACCCUAUAUUUCCCUUACAAGAGAGUUUGCAAAUAGUAGUGAUAAAUGUCGUUUUCGAUGCCUGUGGAGGGUUAGGGUUGGUUUGUUGUCUCACCAGGUCAGGAAGUUGUUGUAAAAGCAGUUAAUUGUGUGUGCCCUUGUGGGUCUUUGUUGCAGUAGACAGGAGAGAUUUUGUUGAGGUAUUUAUAUUGUUGCACCAAAUAAGGUUACAUGAAAGCCAUACAUUAAUAUUUAUUAAAGUCGCAAUUCUUUUUGUAUCAUAAUGUAUAGUUUUGUUUUUAAAAUAUAUAUAAAAUGUACAGCUAUCUAGCUUACUAGCUAGCUGUAGAUAUACCUGCAAAGAUCUACACAUAUGCAAACAAAGGUGUAGACUUUACUAUAAAAUAGUAAGUAUUUUAGUUUCAAAGUGGUUUUAGUUGCUGAAGUGCAAAGAACUGGCUAGCUUUCUCUAAGAGGUUUCUCCCAAAUGGCUGCUUUCUGUAAUAAUACUAUUACUGGUACCUAAGAACCUUCCCAUCUACCAUCAUGCCCCCUUAUCCCAUACGAACACGGAGGUCUUCCCUCUGACCCUUCCAACACCCUUCUCUUUAGAUAUACCCCUUCUACCUCUCUCCCUCCCUCCCUCCCUCUGAUGCCGGGGUUCAGUAGUGGGGGACUAGGUGGGGAAGUGGGUGGCCCCGCCUCCUCUCCUCCCUGCCCGUUCCGACCCAGUCGCUACGUUCCCGUCUCCGCAGCAACCACCUUCCUGGUCGGCUCCACCACGCUCUUUUUCUGCUUCACGUGAGUAAGACGCACACACACACACACACACACACACACACUGAAUUCCAUAUAAUAUAUCUGUAGCUCUGUAUCUCACCCCAACCCUCUCUCCCUCCAGGUGUCCGUGGUUGUCAGAGCAUGUCUCUGCCGUCAUUCCCAUCUAUAACGCCGUGGUCUUCCUCUUCACCCUCGCCAACUUCUGCAUGGCCACCUUUAUGGACCCAGGGGUCUUUCCCAGAGGUAAGGAGAGUGUGUUAAAGAUAAAUGGCUUAGGUGUAAAUAAAGUGUUUCAGUGUGUAAGUGGUGUGUGUGUGUGUGUGUUCACAGCGGAAGAGGAUGAGGAUAAAGAGGAUGAUUUCCGCGCUCCGCUCUAUAAAACGGUGGAGAUCAAGGGCAUUCAGGUCCGGAUGAAGUGGUGUUCCACCUGCCGCUUCUACAGACCGCCCCGCUGCUCACACUGCUCUGUGUGUGACAACUGUGUGGAGGUAAACACACUUCUCCAGACUGCCACCCUGCUAACACUAAACGCCGAAUGACAGGUGACAACUGUGUUGUAACAAGUUGUCAGAGGCAGCAGUGGAAAUAUCAGCGAAACAUCAGCUAUUUAUUUUGUCUUUUCUCUUGACCCUUUUGUGACCAUUUGACCUGUGUGUGACCUGGCAGGACUUUGACCACCACUGCCCGUGGGUGAACAACUGUAUCGGGCGCAGGAACUACCGUCACUUCUUCCUGUUCCUGUUGUCCCUGACGAUCCACAUCAUGGGUGUGUUCGGCUUCGGCCUGCUCUACGUCCUCCAGCACCAGCACCAGCUGGACAGUGUUCACUCAGCUGUCACGUAUCCUUAUAGGCCGUGUCUAGACUUGACAGUUCAUGGAGCUUUAGUAUUCUGAUCAUGGAAUUCCGAACGCGUCAUGCGUCUACACCUACAUUUAUAUGUGUCUACCGUGUCCACAGUGUGUCCGGAUUCCCUUUUCCCGAGCUAUAUUCAAAUGCCAGUAUGCAUUCUACAAACGGUGGAAUAGCCAGGCAAAAUAUGAUAACACAACAACAACUGAUGGCAGUAGCUAACUACUGUAGCUAACUAGCCAGCUAACCUCUGUAGCUAGCAAGCAACGCUAAAUGGAUUGAAAACGGGUUAGCAUAACUCUAGCCAAACAAAAAAUAGUUUUUCUAAAUAUUAGCUAGCUGGCUAGCAUUUAUGAGUCCAGCAAACAUGUUCCUCACAUGCUAGGAACAUAUUUCCCCCAACGUUAUAAUGAAAAGGUGCCUCUUGGUCCCAAAACACACGUUUUCUGGAGACUUGUGGGAGGAGUGCUGAUGACAUCGCCCACUGUAUGCGCUUUCGGUAGCCUGAUUGCAUCCAGACUGAGGAGAAAUCCACACACAAUGCAUCCCUGACCACUUCCUGAAGUGGUCAGCCAGAUCUGAACACAAUCAGACCACAAAGUGACUUUUGUGGGUCUAGACCCGUCUUUUCAAUGCGAUCUUCGUAUUCAGAUAGCAGAAGUCGCAUGUAAGUGUCAAGUGUAGACAUAACCAUAGACACACACACACAGUCUUGUUGUUGUUGUUGCGCUGGUUUAAGUUGUGUCCUUGACUGUGUGUUUCCAGUAUGGCUACAAUGUGUGUUGCUGGCCUGUUCUUUAUCCCAGUAGCAGGUCUUACUGGUUUCCACAUGGUACUGGUAGCUCGGGGAAGGACCACUAACGAGCAGGUACGUCUGUCGAUCUGGGUGUGCUCCUCUGAGAGGGCCGACAUGAUCCAGAUUAUCUAAAAAUGGAUUCUCUCGCUCUCUCUCUCUCAGGUCACAGGGAAGUUUAGGGGCGGAGUUAACCCUUUCACCAAUGGCUGUCUGAGGAACAUCUCAUACGUGCUCUGUAGCUCUCAGGCUCCCAGGUUAGUGACCGUCUCUCCUUCAUUCCUCCCAUUUUCCUCUGCUGUUGCAGCUUAUGGUUGAACAAGACCAUCAGGGGGAAAACUCAGUGUAGCCUAAGAGUUAUGGUUGUUAACUAAGUAAAAUAUCUAACAAUAUGUGUGUGUAAUGGAGUAUAAAGUUACUGUAUGUUUCAGUGGAAAGUUUCAGGGUCAUUCAUGUGUUUACCCAUCUCUGUCAGGUAUGUGGGUCGGUGGCGGGGCAAGCAGACAGUGGAGGUGCAGCCUCCCUUCCUCCGCCCUCCUCUCUCCGAGGCCCAGCUAGAGGCCAAAGUCCUGGACAACGGCAUCCAGAACGACCACCACAGCACCCGGGUAUGUACACACACACACACACAGCGGACCCGCUGACAAACAGAUCUAACAUACAGGGGUUUUCAGACGCAGCUCUCCCUCUCUCAUUUGUGUGUAUGAACAGUCUUGUCCUUUCCUGUCCCUGUCAGUCUAAGAGCAGUUUAGAGCAGAUGGAGAGCCAGUCAGCAGAUGCAGAGCCUCCACCUCCUCCCAAACCAGAGCUCCGCUACCCUGGCCUGCCCCGUGCAGACACAGAGGGUGAGCAGUGAACGCACGCACACAGACACUCGCUCAAGUAUCCCACACAGAUGGUACUCUCUAGUUUGUAACGCUGUUUUGUUUUUUCUCCAAUCAGAGAGCAGCUUGCUGUCUGAAGGUCCGUCCACUCCCUCAAUGUACAAGUACCGGCCGGCCUAUAGCAGCCCACAGAGGAACCACACAGCUCUGACACACCCAAACAAGGUACACAUAGACACGCGUUAAACAAAGGGUCAAAUCAGUUGAUAGAUCAGCUAUAGAAGGAUUAAGCCGAGGGCAUCCAGGUGGGACUAGCAGAGGUAUUUUACAGACCCUUCUCUCAGGUUCUGUCCGUUCUUUUCCUUUGUGGUUAACUCCAUCCCCCUCUCUUCUACUUUGAAUUGAUCACUCAGUGGCCAUCGGUUGAUCAGUAAGUCUCAGUUAGUGUCAUCUCUGUGUGUCCGUUUAUGUCUGUAAAAAUAUUGAUGCUUGUGACUUUCCUUUCCCCGUACUCUGCAUUUACUAUGCUGCCUGUAUUCUCAUAGAUUUGUAUGUUUGUGUUCUUGUGGUGCUGAUAAUAUUUUUCAAGGUUAGUGGUCUUGAUAAUGUGAUGCCCCAGUACACCUCCAUCCUGCUGGCUCUCUGUAGAAACGGUGUGUUCUGUAGAAACGUCUAUGUUGUCUUCUGUUGAGGAAUGUCUCCUCAAAGUAAUCCCUUUGUAACAUAACUUUCCAUCCUCCCUCCCACACUUCAUUCUACCUUCACUACCUCUUCCUCUCCUCUCCUCUCCUCUCCUCUCCUCUCCUCUCCUCUCCUCUCCUCUCCUCUCCUCUCCUCUCCUCUCCUCUCCUCUCCUCUCCUCUCCUCUUCAGAUGAUUCGUGGGGACAGUCUGGACUCUCCCUCCAUUCUCCAGUCGAGUUGCCAGCCCAGCUAUCGGUCUGAGCCCAGCAGCCUGGAUGGGGGGUCGGUAAUAGGUGUGGGGGCGCGUAUGGGGGGAGGGGAGAGGGGCGAGGGCCCCGGGGGGUCCAGUGGGACGGGUGGGGUUGUCACGGGGGGCAUCUCCGGGUACUCCCUAGGGGGGCGGUCGUACACUUCCUACCCUUCCUCUCUGGUCCUGUCCACCGGUGGUUCUCACUCCUCCAGCAUGCGCUCUGCCCACACACACCAUAAUACUCUGGGCACGCUGCAAUCAGAGGGCACCACCGACACCAGCUACAAGAGCAUGGCCAAUCAGACACCUCAGAACGGCAGCCUGUCCUACGACAGCCUGCUGACGCCGUCCGAGAGCCCCGAGUUUGAGUCGGCCGCUCACGAGCUGUCCCCUCAGAACCCCCACGCCCCUGCAGCGUUUCCCCCGGCGACAACCUUCUCCUCGCCACCCCCCGGGGUCGGGGAUGCGCCCCUGCAGGGGUACACCUCACCCUUCCUCUCAGCACAGAUGGCCCAGCAGAGAGAGGGCCAGCUGCUCCAGGGCUCUGCCACUUUCUCCUCCCCCAACAGGGCAUACCGCCGCGCCAUCAGUCCCCCCCUGCCGACUCCCCCACACGCUGCCCACCCCGAGACACAGCACCACCUCCUCCACCAGGACUCCAGACACCCACACCUCCGUGCCACUUCCUCCAUUCGCCCCCUUCCUCCCGUCUCUGAACAGCCCUCCCCCUCCUCCCUGCGUGCCUGUUCCCCGGACCCCCCUGGGUUCCCUGUGUCUCCCCCACCCAGAGGCCCCUCCCUAGGGAAGUCCCUCUCCUACACCGGGGAGACAGGGCUCCAGCACAAGGCUCGGCCAAUGGGAGGAGGCAGUUUGUCGGGAGAGGGCGGAGUCGGAGGGACCCAGGCUCCACAGUGAGUAGAGAUCUGAGCCGCAAGCCUGCUACUCUUCCUCACUGAUUGAUCUAUGUGAGCCCUCCUCUUCCUCCCUGAUCUGUGUGAGUCUUCCUUUUCCUCCUCUUGAUUUCAGAGUGUUUCUGCUGGAUUGUGUUUGAGAGUGUGUGUGUUCGUCUAUGAGGAGACUGAUUUUAAAGUUGACAAAAAAAACUAUGCUCAGGUAUAACUGUGUAGUAGGAUAGAUGUGUGUAUCUGUGUUUGUAGUCUGUCUACUUGAUAUAGAGGCAUGCAAGUAUGUGUUUAGGUGUGUGAAACAGAAGUGAUUGUGUUAGCAUGAGCAGUUUAGCGUGCUACUGUUUUCUCACUCUGUCUGUUCUGUGCCCUAUUUUUCCUCUUCAAUGAUCCUUCUACUCUUGUAACCUUAUCAUAACGCCUAUUUAUUAGUCUAUUUUUGAAUCAGAUCUACUCACCUCUUCUUCUCACUCCUCCCUCUGUCUCCCCUAUCUACAUCAUUAACCCCCUCCCCUUUUCCUGACGGCUAUCCAAUCAGAUCCACCUCUCGCCCAGGCUUGGCCAAUCACAGCACAUCCAAACCAGGGGGGGGGGUGAAGAAGGUGACUGGCGUCGGAGGGACCACCUAUGAGAUAUCGGUUUGA